AUGGCCAGGCCGUCGGUUCUUGUCGUCGUCCUUCCUAUCGUGCUCGCCACCUUGCUUGCCACUGCCAAUGCCCAAGACUACACAGCGCCAACGCCGAGCCCACUACCGGACACCCCAACUCCUCCACCACCGCCGCCGCCACCGGAGUCGUCAUCAACAGCGCCGCCUCCUGCUUCGCAACCUCCACCAGCAGCGUCGUCUUCCCCGCCUCCUCCUUCACCUCCACCGCCGGCAUAUUCUUCCCCGCCUCCUCCGCCGCCACCGGCGUCCAACUGGACGCCCGUGGCGAACGUGAAGGACCCGAAGAUCCAGCAGGUAGCGCAGUUUGCCGUGCGCAUACACGCGCUAAGCUCGACGGAACUCAACAUGCAGCUCCAGAUCGUCGUCAGCGGCGAGACCCAGCCGUGUAACGGCGGGUACAACUACCGGCUGCUCAUCACGGUGUCUGGUGGCAAGAAUACGCAGUACGAGGCCUUCGUCUGGGGCAUCCUCGGCACGACGUCGUGGAAGCUCUUGUCCUUCACGCCCAAGUACUGA